UUUUUUGAAGCACAAAGAUCUACUGCAACAACGCGUCUGUCGGAAACUCCAUAACUUAAGAAUUAGUAUCAUGCAAUCAUUGUUAUAACCGGCGAUAAAGGAUAGUUAAAGCACUGCUACGCCGUGAUAUGGCAUUUAUCACGCCGCAUGAGUGAUGUUUGUCACGGUAUGGUCGCGAGAAGAAACGGCAACGUGCAAUAUAUCAAAUCAAUUUACAUCACAUGACUGAUAUACGAGGCACACCCACGGACUGAUAAAGUCUUGUCACAGCAUGUAUUAAUAAAAACACAAGCGUUGCAUAAUCUCGUUCAUACUUUUACGCACAACGCUUUCAUCAUUUGUCAUUUUCUUUUUCCUACGCAAACAUCAUCAUUAUGGGACUUCUGGGCUUCCAUCCGCUCGCUAAGCGGCUCGAUUGUUUCCAAACAGCCGAUAAUGCUUUUAAUCUCCUUAUCGAAAAGGGGAUAACGCGAGUUUUUAUCGACUUUGCAUGCGUCUUUUUUGAAGACUUGCGACAACAUGCGCCCGAUAUUUUGCACAUUUUGCACUUGAAGAACCAUCCCACAGAAGAAGAAACAAAUGGCAUGUUUAUUCGUAUCACUCUUGGCAUCAUCGAAAAGGCGAGUAAAUUGGCAAACAAUCAAAUCCAAGUAGUAUUUGUCAUGGACGGCGACGCCUUUCCACUGAAAGCGAGAAUGCAUGCCCAGCGCGAUGAAUAUAGCAAGAGCCAUUUUCGAAAAGCGAAGGAAGCAUUUAUCCGUCCUUCUGAGGGUGUCCACAGCAGCAAGUACAGGAGAGCUGCGAGAGUAUGGGUUCGCUUUUCCGCCGAUAUUAAACAGGGAAUCAUACGUGUAAGUAUCAAAUAUUAACCAGAGUGAAAAUCAUAGAUUUAAGUAUUUUUUUUUAUUUAU